AAGUUAUUCACUUCCUUCAUCAUACUUUCUUAGGGCUGAGAUGAAUAAUACAGGUAUCAAAAGAGACUCGACUUGUGCUGCAUUAUUACCAUAUUCAUAAAUGAAAAUAUUUGACAUUAUUUCAUUAUUACAAGCUAAUGUACACUCUUAAUAAUAUAACCAGACUGCUGAUUCCGUUAAAUUUUAGGUAACCACUCGGAGUCAAGAAUAAUCACAUGUCAUUAUUGUCAUCACUCAGAUCACUCUCACUCUCUCAAAAAUUAUUACUACUACCACUAGUCACUAGUACUAGUAGUAGUACUACUAAGUAAAAUUUAAUACCACUAAUCAGUGAUCUGCUAUAUGAAAAUGAAAGAAUUUACAUCAUUUCGUCAGAGUCAGAGGGCUCACUGUCACUAAGACUCUAGGACUAGUAAGAGCACCUUAUUGGACCCUGUUUUCCACCUUUGCAUGGAUAAAGUUAAGUCACAAGUGUGAGAGACAAAAUUUGUCAAAAUUGGAGCAAACUCCUCCCCCCCCCCCAACUCCAACCAAGUUGGGGGGGGGGGGCGACCACAGGUUUAGCUAUGAUUGGGCGGGGGCUUCCCACAUAAUGAUACUAUACUAUGUAUAGAAUAGAGGAAGCAGCCGUUGUUCAAAUUUUCCCAGAUCUAUGGACGAGGGUCCACCUAGCAUCAGAUUCACAUUGGCAUGGCCCCAUGGGUCAUCUGACAUUUACUCACGUUUCUAAAUUCUAGGCACAGAAAUCAGGAUUUAAAUAAGCCUAUUAAUAAUUAAUACUGAUUUUUAUUAUUUCUUCUUCUAUAUAUUAAGGGCCCAUGAUCAAUUUAUUGAUCAUUCUGGCUCCUAUGCCUGUAGAGGGGAUUUGCAAUGUUUCUGUGCCUGGUGUUGAAGAGGAUAUUUCACUGGUUACUUAUGCCUUUCAUUCAUUUUUCUAUUCAUCUUGAAUCUUGGUCAUGUGGUUUCCUUUCCUGUUGCUUCAAGGUGUAUCCCAUACUUUGUAUGUCUGCCUCUAGCUCACAUCUCCAUGUGUUCUUUGGCCUUUCUCUCUUCUUUUUUCCCUGUGGGUUCCAUGUUAAGGAUUGUCUGAUGAUUGUUUUUCUGGGGGGGUUUACAUCAAAGAGUGUGCCCUAUCCCCCUCCUCUUUUCUUGUGAUAUCUUCAGCAAUAGGCUCUUGGUAUAACCUCUCCAGUAAGUCUUUGUUGAUGAUGAUGUUUGACCAUUUUAUGUUCAGGGUCUUUCUAAGGCAAGUAUUUGUGAAGGUCUGUAUUUUCUUUGUGAUGCUUGUUGUUCAAGUUUCAGCUCCAUAAAGUAAGAUUGAUUUGAAAUGUGUGUUGAAUAUUCUAACUUUAGUUUGGAGAGUCAGCUCCCUUGAUUCUCAUAUUUUUAAAGCAGCACAAUUACUGACCUUACCUUUCCAAUUCUUAACCUGUCAUCUGCUUCUGAUAUGCCAUUAACAGCUAAGUAGUUUUUAUAGCACCUCCUAAAUUAGUAUAGGUUUAUAUUAUUGUAUUAAAUUUGAUGAUUUUAAAAUUAUUGUAGCCUCAUAACAUCUUCUAACAUCUUACACAGAAAACUCCAGAAACAAGUAUUUAUACUCCACAAUGACCACAGAAAACACAGAAUCAGUAGAAAAACUUCCAACAAAAUUUGUUAGCACGCCCUCUUCUCAUCUCAAAUGUCCAUUAUGUGGUGGACUGUAUCGGGAUCCAGUGAUUAACAUUAAAUGCGGUCAUACAUUUUGUAGGAGUUGUGCAUACACCACCACCUACUGUCCUACAGAUAAUUCACACUGUGAUACUAGCCAACUUGUUGUCAACAGGUAAAAAUGAUACUUUGGUAAGAGCAAUUAUCUUUAAGAGCUAAAAAGAACAAUUAUUUUUUUGCUGUUUAAGAUGAAAACCUUGAAAUGAGAUGUUAAAAAAAGAUAUGUUUAACAAAAAAAAUUUUAACAAAAAACUUGAUAUAUUUAUGUUUCAUAUUAAAAAUUCUUUAUACAGAUUGGUUGUUGGUCAAAUAGAAGACCUACAGAUCUACUGUCGACAUGGUUUGGAAAAAGGUGAAAAUGGAGAUUGGGAACAAGCCCCUGGAUUGUGUUCACAGAUCAUAAAUUUUGGCAAGCGAAAUGAACAUGAAAGUACAUGUUUAUUUGCUCUAGUCCCUUGCCCUAAUUCAAAUAGCUGUAAACAUAUGCGAAAGAGUGAUUUAGAGCGGCAUCAAUUCGAAUGUGUUAACAUUUCCUGCCCAUUUCGUAAACAAGGUAAAUUUACCUGCUACUACAUAUAAUUUUUGGACUGUUUACUGUUACAUAUAAACCAAAGUUUUAUUACAUUUUCUUUUUAAGUAUUAAUUUUAUACUUCGUUUUAUUUCUUUCAUCUUUUAAAAAAAUUAUAGUUUUCACUUAAUUUAUAUAAUUAAUUUUUUAAAAUGAAUUAUUGUAGUUUUUAAGAGUCCUUUAAAUAGUUUCUUUUUUAAAUAGUAGGCUUUAAUUAUAACAAAUACCGGUAACAACAAUAAAAAUGGGGGAAAAAAACUUAUUUACAUUAAUUAGCUUAUACAUCUCCAAUAUUUUGGCAAGUGAAUAAAAUUUAGUAUGUUUUUUGUGUGUUGCUAUGAGAGAUUUGUCCUUAUGUUCUGUAAAUGAAAACUAAAUGCAUUAAUUAAGACACUUUCAAAACAAAAUAACAUAGGCUGCAGCUUCAUAAGCAAUCAAGAAAAAAUAAAUGACCACAUCAAACAGUGUGCCUUUAAAGAUGGUAGCAAACCCAAUGGCCCACUAUCACAAAAAGUCCAUGAGUUGGAGUUGAUUGUGCAAACUUUACAAGCAGAGAAUCUCAAGCUGGUUCAUGAGGUGACAGAAUUAAAAGCUGAUAAUGCGCAGAUGGCCACACAGCUAGAACAAAAUAAGAAGUAAAGAACUAUUAAUAAUUAAUUUUCAAUAUUUUUAAAAUUUAAAUAAAUCUUACUUUUGAAAAAUCAAUACGUUCCCUAUAUUUUAAUCUUUUAAAUUUUUAAUAUAUUUUUAAAACUUUGUUUCAAUACAGAAACGGGUAAAAAAAAAAACGUACGACUUAUGCUUCCUUACAACAAUACAGUUCGAAUCAAUUCUUUUACUAAUUUUUUAAGGUCACUGCAUGAUUCUUCCUUUGCUUAUGGCAUUUCAAAUAUAAUCUUUUUUUCCCUAAAGUUUUACACAAAAUCUUAACCAGAGAUUGGAAGCUCUGACCUCAAGAAUAGACCAGAUGAAUGGGCCAUUUUCAAGAAGACCAAGGUCAACAUCACAAAUGUCUUUGGUUGAUGGAGGCAAGAAAAGUUAUAUACUGAUAGUGGAAAAAUUGAAAAGCUAUUUUAUAUCAGACCAGUAAUAGCCUUCUUAAUAUGCCAGCCCUAUGGAACAAUCGUAAUUUAAGAUGGAAACUCAUGGGGAGGAAGUAAACCCUAUGUAACAAAAACCUUAAUUCCAAUAGGAGCAGCAAAUUUGGUGUGGGAUUAAAAUGUGUAAAAGAUAGCUGAAAAUGUACCGUUAUGUUUCAGCUGGGCUCGCUCGAGGAAGGAGGAGGGAGAAAUUAAAAGAGCUACUUCAUUUAAAUAAACAAUUAAGUUUUAAUAUUGACUUGGCUUUAUCGUUGUGUCAGAUAUUUUUGUCCACCACAAAGAUGAAGCGUUUUUCUAUAUCUAAUCAUUAAUGUAAACUCGUCACAUCUUAAAUAAAAAAGGAGCUAUUUUAUCAUUGGAAUUAUUUAAUAUUUUAAACAAUUCUAAACAGACUCCAUAUAUUUCUUAACCAUUCUGUGUGCUUGUUAAAUAUAAACAGGUAGCCCAAGUAUCAACAGCUUUAACUCACUUAUGUCAACACGUGGUUCAAGUCCAGGCAAAACAUAUGAAAAAUGGGAAAUGCCUUUUCAAUUCAAAUGUAUAGGUACAUUGAGGUAUGUGAGUUUAAUACUCUCAAAGUUAAACAAGCUACUAUCAACCAGCAAUUGUAAUGACUGAUUUAGAAUAAAAAGAUUAAUUUUUUCUCUUAUCCAUUUACUUCACAGUUGUUAAGUUAUUUUAAUUUUUGUAAUAAUAAUUUUUUAAAUUAUUUUAAAUUAUCUCCCUUUUUUAUAUUUAUAUCAUUUUGAUUAAUUUUUUUUAAUGAAUAUGAAUUUUUAAAAAGGGGCCAUAAGGAUGUUGUUUGGGCUUUGACGACAAAGAAAGGAAGACUCUUCAGUGGUGGUGCAGACGGCAUUAUUAAAAUUUGGAAUCUAGAGAAGCUGGCCAUAGGAUGCAUGAAUAAUAUAAAUGCGCACACUGGAAUGGUAAGAUAAAUGAUACGUUUGUGUAGUCAGUUCUGAAUUCAUUACUCAUUUCAGAUGCUGGAGUGCUGCUUAAAUUUGUUUUCUUUUAUCUUUUAACCACUUAUUAAUGUUGGACCAUAACAACCCAUUCACCAUAUUUAAAGAAAAAUGUUUGUCUAAUCCAGUGGUCUGCAAAUUGCAGCUCUUUAGCAACCUGACUUUGGCUUGGCCAGUCGGCCACAAGUCGCUUUUGACUCCGAAAAACAUGGUUCUUGAAAAGAAAUUUGGCGCUCAAAAAUUUUUUAAUUGUCCUGCUGUUGAUUUUUGGUUCUUUUGACUGAUGAGUUUGCCAACCACCGGUCUAAUCUAAUGUACCUAAUUGUUACAUGCUUUGAUAAUUUGAAGUGUGAGUCAUUAUAUAACGUCAAUCAGCUAAGCUUUUUGGCCAGUGGUGGAUAAAAUUCACAGAAGUAAAACUUUAAUAAUAAAAAAAAGAACAUCACUACAGGGUCUGGAUUUUUCAUCUCUGUGUUGAAUUAUGAUUUACAAAAGUACAACUUAAGAAAAGUUUGAGUGCAUGGCACCUCUUAAAACUAAGAUUCCGUAAUUAAAAACACCCGUUAAAUAUGACUUACAUAAUUUAUAGAAAUUUAUAAUAAUUUAUUAUUUAUACGGUAUAAUCUUUUUUUGUGAAAGAGUUGAGGUUAUAACAGAUUUAAAAUAUAAUUUAAAUUUACACUUCGGAUAAAAUUAAGGAUUGGCAGUGAUAUAAAAGUAUUUCAAUCAAUCUUGUCACAUGACAUAUUUAAAAUUAAAAAAAAAAUAUUUAUGCUGUUAAUUCUAAAACACACAAUGCCACUCAUCUAUCAAAAGCAUCAUAUUAGAUUAGAAUAUCUCUGUUAAAACCAGUACUCACUUAGCUCUUGAGUAGCUCUAACUUCCAUCUCAAGCUUUCUUAAAAAAAACCCAACUUAUUAAUUUACAUUUCUCUCCUACAAAUUCCUACAGAUUUGCUGCCUUGCCACAUGGGCUAAUUCUGUUCUGUCUUCUGGUGCAGACAAAUCUAUUCGCUUUUGGAAUGUGGACACUUGUGAACAGAUAUCAAUUAUAGAGGUACCGGGUAAUUGAGUGCUUGGCCAGAGUAUACAUAAGUUAUAGAAAUAAUGAUGUUGUUGGCUAGAUUAGAUUUUGGAGUUGAAGGCUAUACAGACACUAGUUAUGUAGGAAACUGAGUGAUUAGCUAGAGCUGACAUUAGUUAGUGGUAGCGGUAAUUGAGGGUUAGGCUAUACAGACAUUAGUACAGAGGUAAAGGACUGGAAAUAAAGACGAUCCUAUAUUUCUGUAUCUUAAAUAGAAAGGCUUUCCCUGCUUAUUGGUUGUCCAAUUAUUUUAAUAAAAUUCCUGUAUAAUGUGUUCAAUGUUUUCAUCUGUCUUUAUCUUCACAGUCUGCCCAUGAUGACAUAGUAUGUGCAAUGGUUAUUCAUGAUAACUGGUUGUUUACGUCAUCAUUUUCUCUUAUUAAGGUAAGGCUUUAAAUCUCCUCUGAGUGAAUUCUAAUGAAUCGUAGUUUAAAAAAUCAGAUGAGCAUAAGAUCAAGAUAAGACAAUCACAUGUUUAAAACUGUAGAGACAUCAUGGAGGAGAUUGGUGAAGCAAAAAAAAAAAUGUUAGAACAUAUUUAGUAAAACGUAAAUUUUAAUAUUUACAGUAUGUUUUAUAUAUAAAGAUUUUGAUAAGCCUUACUUGUUCUAUUUUAUUUAUAUAACAUUUCCCAUACUAUGCCAGGUAUGGGAGAUAAAAUCCUUGUCAUUGAAGGCCACUUUGACAGGCAUCAAACAUUGGGUUCGAGCUCUAGCCCUAGGCCAUAAUAAAGUAAGUUUUGUAAUAUGACCAUAACUGAACAAAUUAUACUUUAAAAAAAAAAUUUUUUUGUUUAGUUACACAAUAAUUUUUUUUUAAAAGUGCUUUCAAUAAGUGUGAUGUUUGAAAUGGCAUCAAUUUUUUUUUUUAAAUUAAUUACCAGUAAAUUCAGUUUUGACCUAGCCAUACUUUGAAUAGCUAGUUUUCAAUUUAUUAAUUAAUUAAAUUAAAUUUUCACAUUAUAUUUAAGGCUCUUUUCUGAGAAGGGUUCAGCUGUCAACUGGCUUGCAAAGUAGUUAAAAAUUUAUUUUUUUUAGUUAAAUGGUAACAAUUAUUAUCAUAAUGAAAGUAAAAUUUUAUUUCUUCUGAUUGUAAAAAAAAAAUGCUCUAUGGCUUUCCUAUGGACUACCCACAAAAUCAGAGCUUACUUUUAUAGUUAACUUAUACUUAUAUAUAUAUAUAAACAUAUGUAAAAAUAUUACUAGUUAGGAAAAGCUCCAAGUGACAUCAGCUGUUUUCUCAUAUAUUUUGAUUCUCUUAUUGUUUUAAAGGCAAAGUAUUUUUUUAUCUAUGACACAACAUAUCUUUAAUUGCUUUAUUUGAUCUUAUUAAUUUUUUAAGUUUCUUUUAUUAUUUUUAAAAACCACACCUAUUCAAAGGAUAAAAUUUACAGUGGCUCUCACAAUGCCAUCAAUGUGUGGGAGACAAGCGAAGACUUUCAGAAACUUGCAACUAUAGAGCAUGAGUGUGGAUCAGUGUACUCAUUGGCAGUCAAUAAAACCUACAUUAUAGCAGGUAAUUCAGGUAAAAAAUUAUUCCAAGGUGUUGUAGUCUUUUUUAAGAAUAUCUUUCCAAUUUUGCUUGUAAAGACAUUGAUUCUAUUACUUUAGAAGACAUUUUAAUGGCUAUAUAAUUUCCUCUUACAAAUUAAUACCGGUAAGGUAAGUCUAAUGUUCAGUUUAAGAAAUUUAUUAAAACAGAAAUACUCCAGGGAGCCUGCUAGCUACAAAGAUUUGUAUCACUCGAAAUUCUCUUGACGGGAUUGUAUUAUUUGUAUAGAAAUUAUUAAAAAUUUUCUUUUAACAAAGUUUUUGUCAGAAGUCCUUUGGACAAAAUUAUUUAGGUCAGCAUUUUAAAAACUGUUCAACUAUCCUCAUGUUUAUAUUACUAUGUUUUGACAGGUACUUACAACCAGAACAUUCAGAUAUUUAAUGUGGACAAUCAUGAAUUUGUUAUGAACCUCUGUGGACAUUUGGGAACGGUGACAACGCUAGUUAUCUCCCCCUCGGGUCGUUUCCUUUUUUCAGCUUCACAUGACUGUAACAUACAGGUUUGUUAUAUAAAAAAUAUUUUGUGUCUAAUCUAAUAUGGAAAUUUAAGUUACCGGUAUAUGGCUUAUUUAAACUCAUCCACAGAAGCAUAUUUAGUUCUUCAUGACUUAUGAAAUUUAAAAAAAUUAGUAUUUAUUAUUUUAUGUAGAUGUGGAGUCUCGAAAAACUGUUACCCAUACAAACAUUAUCUCGGCAUCAAGGCAGUGUCAACGCUCUAACACUUCAUGGAGACUACCUUCUAUCAGGUUCUGAGGAUCGUGAAAUCAAGGUUAGUAGUUAUUUCCUAUUUGUUUAA